CUCACUCUCUCUUUCCAAAAAACCAUCCUAAAAUUAUAACUAUAAAAAAAAAAAAACCCUAGAAGUCAUAUUUUUUCUAUUUUAAAACAAAUGAUGUUAAUAAAAGGCUAAUUAACAAUUUGUUAUUUUAUUAUUAUAUUAUUCAACAAUGCAAAAUCUUAUUAAUGCAAAAACUUUUCCCCACCUAAUUUAACGUUCAUCCAUGUUUAGGCGGGAUAACAUCAAAGAGAAAAAGAGAGAACAGCAUUACUCAAAGAGAGAAAAAGAGAGAGAGUAAAACAUCUCGUCAAGCAGAUGUUUUAAUGUCAUCCACUGAUCAUGUCGUCACGAUUUUAGUUAAAUUGUUUAGCAUAAUUCAUAAAAUAAAGUCAAUUUAAUAUACUAAUUAAUUUGAUAAUAAUAAAAAUAUUAAUCAUGGAAUUUUUAGAAAACCCAAAUAUUAAAAAUCGAUACAAUAAGUACAAGUAUAGACUAAAAAAAUGGGAAAAUGAAUUUAUGGAAAAGUAUGGGAGGCCCCCAAGCAAGAAUGAUUUUCAUAAAGCAGAUGCAGUUGUUAGAUAUGCUUAUAAUAAAUACUGGAGUAUUAAAACUCAGGCACUUGAUGAAUCACUUUGUGAUAUAACAUUUGAUGAUGAAAGUCAAGCAAAUGUAUCAGCAAAUAUAACAUUAAAUGACAUGGAUACAACAUCAGUUAAUGAAGAUGAUAAAACAUCAAAACUUGAUGAAUCAAAAAUUGAUAAUGACAAUAAUUUAGAAACAAAUACGAGCAUGAAUAAUUCUCUUGAUAAAUCAAUUAAAAAUGUAGAAAAUAUUGCUCCAAUAACAACACCAAUAAAAUCACCAGUAAUUAUUGAUACAAUAAAUAUUGAUGGAGCAUGGGGUGAACAUUUAAAUAAAGACAAUCAAAUAUCAACAAAUAAAAAAUCACUAUCAAUAACAAGAUCAUCAUCAUUUCAAUUGUCACAAAAAAAAUUUAAUUCUGGAAGUUUUAUCAAGAGAAAUCCUCGUAAAAGUUUAUUAAUGAAUAGAACAAAAAGUAAAAUUGAUUUAAAUUCAUCAUCAACAUCUCAAAAUGAUAUUAAUAAUACUGAUAAAAAUGAUGAAGAUUUUGAUAAAUCAAUAUUUGGUGAUGGCAUUAAAAUAAUUGAAAAUGAAAAAAUUAAUUCUGGUCAUUCAGUUAAUACAAUAAAUCGUUUGUUAAAUAAUGAAAAGUCACUUAUCUUGGAUAGAAAAAUUAAUGCUGGUUGGCUUGAUAGAUGUGCUAAAGAAAAUAAUUUAGAGCCAAUUGUUACAAACUCCAAGAGGCUAUCUGCUACAAGUGAUUCUGGUAUUGACACAAUGGAUUCACCUCCAGAUUUUCAAAAAUUAACAACUGAAAAUAAAAUUGUUAAUCCAAUAAUAUCAGAUGAUGAUGAAGAUUAUGUUUGUAACAGUGAUUCUGAUGAAGAGCACAGAAAAAAAAGAACAAGAAAUUGGAGAAAAACAAUGUCUGAUAAUAUUUUAAAUAAAUCAAAAAAAAUAUGUACUGGAUUGUCUUCAACAAAUUCACAAAAUUAUAAUUCUCCAGUAACAGCUUUAAUUCAAAAACCAAUUACUCAAAUUCAAGAUAAUAAUCAAACUAUUGAAAAAAAAUUAAUAGCAAUAAAUAAAAUUGAUGAAACAAAAAAAAUUGAAGAGAAAAUAAUUAUUGAAAAUGAAAAACCUACAAGUUCUAGACCAUCACGUUCAACAGAGGAUAAAAUAAUUGAUGAAAAAUUAACAACAAUUGAUUGUAAAAAAACAAAUGAAGAAAAAAUAAUUAUUGAAAAUGAAUAUGACUAUAAUGAAGAAGAAGAAAAAGAUGAAGAAGAAGAAGAAGAAAAACCUAAAAGAAAAUCAACAAGUACAAGAACAACACGUUCAACUAAGAGUAAAGUUAUUGCUAAAAAAAAAUCACCAACAGUUCGUAAAACAACAACAAGAAAAACAACAAGAUCAACUAGAAAAAAAAUUGAAUUACCAAAAGAUGAUGAUAAUGAUGAUGAUGACGAAGCAUCUGAUAAAGAUCAUGGUGAAAUUGAUAAAAUUAAAAUAACAUCAAAUGGUCCUGAAUUACCAAUUUAUGGAAUUGAAUCAUUUGAUGUUGUACCACGUUUUUCAAUUCCAACAGAUACAAAUGGAGAUCUUGUUUCUGAAUUUUCAAAAACAAUUGAUAAUAAUGAUACAUUAACUUUUAAAAAACCAAUUGAAAAAAAAAAAUUAAGUACAAUGAGUGAUAAAGAAAAACUUGAAGCUAAAAUUGCAUCUGGUAAAAUUAAUGAUAAUUUUGUUAGAAUCAACUUGAAGAAAAAAAUAUAUUCAAGAGGAAAAAAAUCCUUUAAUUUUUCUAGAUAUAAAAAAAAUCAAUGGAAACAUAAAAAGCUAGAUUUAGCAUCAAGUGAAAGUGCUUUAGAUUUAGCAGAUCUUGCUGAAAAAAAUUCAUGUUUUAAAUGUGGUGAAAGUGGUCAUGUAUCACGUCGUUGUCCAUCAAUGAAAAGUGAUGAAUUAAUGCCUCUGGAUGAGGAUGAUUCAUCAGAUUUUUUAACACUAGAAGAAGCUGAAUUACAAGCAAAUAAAGAAUCAACAAAUAAAAAUAAUGAAACAGAAAUAUUGCCAAAAAAUCAUGAUAAUUGUGAUGAGCAUGAUUUUGAAUUUAAUGAUGAUGAUUUUGAUGAAGAAUUAGAAGAAGAAAAUAGUGAAAAAAAAAUAGUUGGUCAUAAAAUUCCAGCAGAUUUAUUAGCAAAACUUUUACCACCAAUAAAUGGUGCAAUUGAGCCAUUAUAUUCUGCCGAAGAUGAUGGAAAAAUAAUUGAUACACCAAAGGAAGUAUUUGAUACACUUAAAAUGUUUGGACAUGAAAAAUUUCGACCAGGACAAGAAAAAGCAAUAAUGAGAAUAUUAUCUGGUCAAUCAACACUAGUUACACUAUCAACUGGUUCUGGUAAAUCAUUGUGUUAUCAAUUACCAGCAUAUUUAUAUGCAAAAAGAUCACAUUGUAUUACACUUGUUGUAUCACCAUUAGUAUCACUUAUGGAUGAUCAAGUAACUGGUGUACCAAAUUUCCUACGUGCUGCAGCAUUACAUACUGGUCAAACAUCAAAAGUACGUGAAAAAAUAAUUGAAACAAUUAAAAAUGGUGAGCUAGAUAUAUUACUUGUUUCACCAGAAGCAAUUGUUGCUGGUGAAAAAUCAAGUGGUUUUGGUGCUUUAUUACGACAAUUACCACCAAUUGCAUUUGUAUGUAUUGACGAGGCACAUUGUAUAUCACAAUGGUCACAUAAUUUUAGACCAUCAUAUUUAAUAAUAUGUCGUGUAUUAAUUGAAAAAAUGGGUGUUAAAACAAUUCUUGGUUUAACAGCAACAGCAACAAAUAGUACAGCAACAAGUAUUGUUGAACAUAUACAAAUUCAUGAUGGUUUAUCUGGUGUUAUUGCUGAUAUACCAAUGCCAAAUAAUUUAAUUUUAAGUGUAUUAAAAGAUGAUCAAAAAGAUCAUGCACUUGUUGAUUUAUUAAAAAGUGAAAGAUUUAAAAAUUAUAAUUCAAUUAUUGUUUAUUGUACAAGACGUGAAGAAUGUAUGAGAAUUGCUGGUUAUUUACGUAUUUCAUUACAAAAUACAAUUGAUAUUAAUAAACCAAAACCAAAAGCAAAAGUAUCACAAAUAUGUGAAGCAUAUCAUGCUGGUAUGGCAGCUGGACGUCGUAAAGUUAUACAAAAAUCAUUUAUGAAAGGUGAUAUUAAAAUUGUUGUUGCAACUGUUGCAUUUGGUAUGGGUAUUAAUAAAUCAGAUAUACGUUCAGUAAUACAUUAUAAUAUGCCACCAAGUUUUGAAGAUUAUGUACAAUCAGUUGGUCGAGCUGGUCGUGAUAAUUUACCAGCACAUUGUCAUUUAUUUUUAAAUCCAAAAGAAGAUAGUGAUAAAUGGGAAUUACGUCGACAUAUUUAUGCAAAUGGUGUUGAUCGUCAUUCAAUUCGUCGUUUAUUACAAAAAGUAUUUGUACCAUGUUCAUGUAGAGAAAAUUCAUUAAAUAAAUCCAGUCGUUGUCCUGGUCAUGAAGUUGCAUUUUCAAUUGAUGAAACAGUUAAAACACUUGAUGUUAGUGAAGAAACAAUAUCAACAUUAUUAUGUUAUUUAGAAUUACAUCCACGUAAAUUAGUUACAAUUUUAUCAUCAGUAUAUAUUACAGCAAAAGUAUCAAGUUAUGCUGGUCCAAAUGCAUUAAAAAUAGCAGCACAAUCAUCACCACCACUUGCAAUGGCAUUUGCUAUGGAUGCUAAAAAAGGUAUAACACAUGAAAAUGAUUCAAUUAUUGAAUUUCCAGUUGUUGAUAUUGCUGCUGCUAUUGGUUGGGAUAGUGGUGUUGUUAAAAGUCAUUUAAAAAAUUUAGAAUGGACAAUUGUUAAUGGUAAAUCAAAACGUUCACCAAUAUCAGUUAGAUAUGAAACACUUGGUUUACGUGUAAGAGCACCUGGUGAUUUAACUGAUACUGAAUUAGAUGAUGCACUUGAAACACUUUAUCAACGUACACAAUCACAACAAAUUUCAGCUUUACAUCAACUUGAAGCAAUACAUGCUGCAUUAAAUAAAUUUAGUCAUAAAUCAAUUAAAACAUGUAUGGAAUUGAAUGAUGAUACAAUAGAAAAAUCAGAAAAUUUAAAGAAAAUAAUACGACAAUAUUUUCAAUCAGAUACACCAUUAUCAAUUAUUGAUAUUGAAGAAACUAAAAAAUCAAUACCCAAUGAAUCACAAAUUAUUGCUGAUGUUAGAAGUUUAAUUUGUAGUUAUAGAGAUAAUAAUUUUACUGGUAGAGCUAUUGCUAGAAUAUUUCAUGGUAUUCAAAGUCCAAAUUAUUCAGCACUUACUUGGUGUAGAUGUAGAUAUUGGAGAGCACAUUUACAAACUGAUUUUGAUAUUAUUUGUCAAAUUGCAACUAAAGAAAUUCUUGCUAUGCGUUGAUA